UUUCGCUUGGUUUUUUUUUUUUUUUAUCUUGACAUCGUCGUUUUCAAUUUUGCAUUAAGGUCAGUAGUCGGAACAGGACUUAUUCACGGCCCACACAGAUUCUUCUCACGCGAGUCCGUGUGUAGUCAUACAGUCACAAUAUGUGUGACCAAUCUCCCUUCCCCCUCCAUGCAAUCUGAGAGAAACUCCGCCCUGUCUUCAACAGAUUUCACGUUCUACCCCACUUCAGGACUUUGUUGAAUAUAUUUUUUUGUACCGAAAUGCGGGCGAAAAGCUGAGAAAACUCCCUUUCUCGCUACUGAAAGAGGGAAGUCAACUUUGAGGCUUUUAAAGCUCGAAAUCCUCCAUUUUGUGAGAGUUCUCGCCACGACAAUUGAGCUGAAGGAAAUAUUCUGUUUACAGCGCGGACAUCUUCACGCUAGCGGACGUCUGGAUUUGUGUUCCAGUGACUAACAGGGGGUAUAAGUUGGUCACUAUGGACGUCACCGGUUAGCGUCAGUAACAGUGUGUAUAAUUUGAACGAACGUCACCGGUUAGCGUGACUAACAGUAUACCAUUCACUUGGUCACUAUAUGGAUCACGUGGUGUCCCAUUACACGUGUUCGCUUGUCAAGCAUAUAGUGUGACCGUCACAGUUGUGCACGCUCUGUGCGUGGAGGGACGGUGACGACUAAGGUGACGUAGAUUCGCUGUGUCAUCAAGUGUGGACAAAGCUGACCACGUAAGUCCGGGCAACUGACGUCACAAACUGUCUAUCAGAAGACGCCAGCAGUGAAAAGUAUGAGCGCGUGGUCGCCACAGUGGGAGUACGUGCAGGCAGGAGCAGCAGGCUGGAAUAUGUUCGGCGAUGGAACCAAGCUAGCCUCUGUUUUUGGAAUGGACAAGGCCAACAACCAAGGUGGAAAUGAAUCUCUAACUUAUACAGCACCAAAACAGCCAAAAAAGAAAGAGGGGGGUGCUGAUGGUUCUCCUGCUGCUACAGCUGUAAAGUUUGCAACAGUUGUCCAAGCCUACAAGUUUGUUGAUAACCAGUAUGCAAGCCAAGGAAAGGUUGGCGCAGCAAUCCUGGCGAAUCACCAGGGAAGUGAUUAUCACAUCCUGUUGUAUAUCAACAAGCAGCAGCAACUGACAAAUGUUAAGAUCCUGCCUACAUUCACCUUCAAUAUUCAGCAAAAUAACUAUGCAAACUUUUAUGAUGAGGCAAGAACCAAUUGGUCUGUCAUGUUUAAUAACUCACAAGAUGCAGAAAAAUUUGCAAAAGAGGUGGGUCUUGCCAAAGCUCUGGCAAGUGGUGGGCGUCUAGAAAGUGUAGUACAACAAGAGCUGCAGUUGGGAGAAGGUGGAGGGCUAGAAGCAGGUGACAGUGUUGAAGUCAAGUAUACGGGCUGGCUCAUGACUAAUAAUACUUUUGGACAGGUUUUUGACAGCAAUGCAAACUCAGACAAACUCUUCAGGUUCAAACUUGGGAAAGGAAAAGUAAUCAAGGGUUGGGAUACUGGAAUGCUAGGGAUGCGCAAGGGAAGCAAACGAUUGCUUGUCAUCCCGCCUAACGUGGGUUAUGGCUCACAGGGUCUUGGCGAUCGGAUCCCACCUAAUUCCACCCUCAUUUUUGAGGUGGAAGUUUUGCGGGUCAAACUGCAAAAGGGGGAAAGCACUCCAGAACAAGUUGUACAUCCAACUGUUCCAUCCCCUGGGCCAGCAGUCAUCCUUGCAGAUGUGCCUUUUGUAGAUCAUGAUGAAUCUGUGAAAGAUCGAUCUCGCUCCAUAACAGAACAGCUAACAAAUGCACCUGCAUCUGAUAAGGCAAAGCUGAUUUCAAGAAUGGCAAAGAUGGGGCAGCCUAUGCUGCCCACUAUGUUAGGAGGCAUUCCUACACAGCAGGACUCUGAGGAUGAGAUGACACCUACUCAGCCUGCCAUCUCAAAGCCUCCUCUGGCUGCAAAACCACAGGCGUUUCCCCAUCCUCAUCAAACUCAACCUCACUUAAUGCAGCCCACAUUUCAGCAGCAUAUUCCAAUGGCCGAACAGCCCAUGGCUCAAACUCCACCCUACAUGCAGCAGAUGGUUCAGCCUCCAGUAAUGGGUGGGAUGCCUGUAUUUACGCCACCUGUCAGCCAGCCUGCAUUCUUACAGAACUUACCAGGCAGUCAACAGCUAUCAGUUUACCAGCCACCUCCCUCACUACUGCAACAACAACAGCAAGCACUGCUGGCCAUGCAGCAGCAACAACAGCAGCAGCAGCAGCAGCAGAUGCAAGGCUUUCAACUGUCUUCACAGACAGCAGGACUUCUGGGACAGCCAGCACACAUGGCAGCCAACCCCAUGCUUACUUCCUCUGCUGCAGACCCCAUGACCCCUAUCCUGCUGACAGAGACGCGGCAACAAAACACAGAGGUGCGUCUUACAGUUAACAAGAUGUCGGACAAGGUGGACAAGAUUCUGGAAAAGGUAGAGAGUUUAAAUAAUGGUGUGAUGCAGCUGCAGCCUUUACCUGCGCCAACCAUGGAGACCAGCAUUUUGUUACACAACAUUUCUCGCAUCAUACAGGAAAAUGAGCGAUUAAAAAAAGAUGUCUUUGAACGAGGAGAAAAGAUAGAGACACAGAAUGAGAAGAUUGCUGAACUUCUUCAGAAAAAUCAAAGGUUUGUGGAGAAAAGCAACUUCAUGUUGGAGGAGCGCAAUGAGGGCUACAAGAUGACGGCCAAUCAGGCGCAAGUACGCAUCCUGGCCUUGGAGCAAGAAAAGGUCCAGAUGGCCACAGAGCUCAGCAGUGCUUCUUCACGCUUAGCAUCCCUUCAGUUGGAGCUGGGCGAACUGCGCAAGACUGAAGGUGAACUGCGGCAGCGACUUCAGUCCAACACCUCCAGCUCCACAGAGCAGAAAGAAGAGCUUGAGAGGCUGAGGCUCCAACGAGCAGAGGAUGAGAAGAAGCUUGUAGACCUGAACAACUUGUUACGAGAAGAGAAGACUGCUCGUAAGCAGACAGAAGGACAGCUGACUGCAAUGCAAGAGGAAAUGGCAGACCUUAGAACUACAAGCAGUAAUCAAGAACGGGCCUUGAACGAGAGAAAACGGAAAGCAGUAGAAGAGAAAAAAAAGUUGGAAGAAGAAAUUGAGGAGAUUAAAGCUGGAUAUGAGCAAGAUUUGCAGAUUCUCAGAGCGAAACUUAAGAAACAGAGGGCCACAACAGAUGUAGAAACAGCAGACAGGGUGAACAAGCUAGAGGAAGAACUUGCAUCAGAAUGGCAGUCCAAGUGUGACAAAUUGCUGGCUGCAGCCAAUGAUAAACAUGAGCGGCAGCUGGCCAUGGUCAGGGAAGACCUGAAAGAGGCACAAGACAAAGCUUCCACGCUAGAAGCCAAGGUGCAGGAGCUGAGGGCAUUAGGCAGUUCCACAGACAUUAAGAUGGCACACUUACAUCAACAACUCGAGGAAAAUCUUACUUUUAAAGAGAAGUAUGAAAACCUCCGAAUUCAAGCCUCUACAAUGAAGCAGAAAUAUGAAGAUCGCAUCAGUGAUUUAGAAGAUGAAGCAGAGACCUUGACAACACGAAUCAAAGACCUCGAACAGCAGCUGCUGCAGACCAGACAACAGGUACAGCUACAGCAAGAACAGUUUCAGCAGCAACAAGAACAGCUACAGCAGCAGCAACAGCGGUUACAGCAGGCUGCAUCAGCCGCAGGGUCUGGUGGUGGUGGAGAUGUGACUGCAGAAGUAAAAAGAAUCAUGAACUCUGUGUUCCAAAGUCUGCGGAAAGAGUUUGAAGCUGAUGAAACUUACUUGGGGACAGAAAUCAUGGCAACAGUACUUAAUGUUAUCAAGGAAACUACACUGAAGCUAGUUCAGCAGCAGUCACCAGCUUCAGCACAGAAUGAUCCUGAUGAAGAAGAAGAAAGUGAGGACGAAGAAGAUGAAGAAGAUGAAGAAGAGGAGGAAGAGGAGGAGGAAUCUGAACCUGUGGCUGUUGAAGAAACAUUUGUGGAGAGUACAGUUUCAGCUGCAGCAACACUAGCUGCCUCACCACCUCUAAUCCAGCAAAAAUCAGAGACCAGUGAAGAUGUUGAGAAAUCAGUAUCACCAACCACAUAUCCUGUGACUGGAGACAAGGGCAAUCCCUACUACUCUCAGGAACUAGAUGCUGUUGAGAAGCCAUUGACAUCGGUGACAGAUCAUGUGACUGGGGACAGGGGCAAUCCUUAUCACUCACAGAAACUUGACAGCAGUUUGGAGGUUGAAGAAUCGGUGACAUCCACUGCAUUUCAUGUGACUGGAGACAAGGGCAAUCCAUACUUUUCUAAGGAACUGGAUGUUGGCUCAGCUGAAGUCACAAAACUGGCCACAUAUCAUGUUACUGGAGACAAGGGCAACCCCUACUACUCUCAGGAGUUGGAUGUUCACUCAGCUGUGGAAGAACUAAUGACAUCAGUGACAGAUUGUGUGGCUGGAGAUAGAGGCAAUCCCUACUACAGUCAGAAACUUGACAAACAGAGUUCAGAUGUUGAAGAAUCACUGACAGCCACAACUUGCCUUGUGACUGGAGACAAAGGCAAUCCAUACUACUCUAAGGAACUGGAUGCUGACAUAGUAGUUGAGAAGCUACUGACAUCAGUCACAGAUCAUGUCACUGGGGAUAGAGGCAAUCCCUACCACUCUCAGAAACUUGACGGAAGUUCAGGCGUUGAAGAACUAAUGAAGGCUGCAUCAGCUGACUUCACAGGCGAGAAGGGAAACCCCUAUCACUCUUGUUUCCUGGAUGCAAUUUCAGAUGAUGCUGAUAACAGCCCAGAAUCCCCCGAGGGCAGCUUCCAAAGCGUAAACAGCAAUCUUGACAUAUUAGGAGAUUCAGGAGAGGCAAACAUUGCCAAAACAGAAGGCCAGGAUGCACAAAAGCAGACUCUUCCAGGUGAUAGUGAAGAAGAAACAAAGGAGGAGAAAAACAAGGAGGAAGAGAACCCUCAUCUGCAGACUUUGACUCAGAAAAAACCAGAGGAAAACCAGACCUUUCAGGCUGAGCCUGAUGCACCUGCAGAGCAGGAGCCAACCACUAUGACAGAUGAUGAUGAUGAUGAUAUUCUGAAAGAAGUUCUAGAGCCGUCGUCUGCAAAAGAUCCUACUCCAGUGACACCACAGUCCAAAGAGGUGGAGAAGGAUCCACUGUCAGCAGAUAUUGAAACUCUAGAAUCAGCCAUGGAAACUGUGCAUCAACAACCAAAAGAAACAACAGUGAAGCCAAGAGCUAGCUCCAGCGCAUCAUCAGAAGACAACAGGGAGAGGACAGGAUCAGCAUCCGUCCUCCCUGCACUGGUUUCAAGAGAACCACCACCCUUGUUUGAUGACGAUGAUGAUGACAGCCCCUUAUUUGGAGCCGACAGUACCGUGGCUGACACAUUUGGCUCACCUUUCCAACCCACGAACAAUGGGGACGCCAGUAAGAAAGCUCCAGAGAAAAAACCAAUAACAACAUCGAAACUGCCCAGCAAAGCUGAUCUGAGCAUGGAUGAUGACACAAAGCCCAAACCACCACCACCAUUAUUUGGUGAUGACGAUGAUGACGACCUGGACUGGCUAAGCUAGUGCUCUACAUUUUACUCUGGCAUUAAAUUUCCAAUAUGUUGGUAUUUAUUAUUCUGCUUUAGAAUUGACAAUUACUCAGCUUGUAGACACUAAUUCUAACAAAAAGGUUAGCUGAGUUUAGUUUUAUUGUUUAACAAUAUUAUAAGUAUCUAUUUAAAUACUAGUGCAAGUUUUUACAGAGAUUAACUUCUGCCCAAAAACAAUUCCAAUUUGAUUUUUGUUUUGCUAUUUAAGCCGUGUAUUUGUUAUAUAAGUCUUCUUUAAGCAGCAGUUUAAGUUUGUCUGUACAAUUUGUAUACAUUCAAAUAAAUUAUUUAGCCUUUCAUAAAUUAGUUCAUGAGUGAUUAUGUGCUGUAGAAGACAAUUUUUCUUGCAUUCAUUUGAAGCAAAUUAACACAACUGACUUAUACAGCAGAUAUAAAAAUGGUGCUUUGUACAAAGUUUCUCCAAUAAACUUUAUUGUUUACAUAAAUAUUUGUGCUUUGUACUCACAAAGAGUAGGUUUUUAAUGUAGUAACAGAUGCCUUGUUUUAUAUUUCAUACCGUAAGUCGACAUUAUUCUGAAUGUAAAGACAUCCAAGCAUUUUCACCUGUUGCAUUCCGUAUGAUAUAAUCUCUUAUAUUGUAGAUUAUGGGGGAACAGAAAUUUGUUGCAUUUGCACCCAUUGUGUUUCUCUUUAUGUAAGUGCAAUGUUUACUGCCUGCUGUGGAUAAUAUGUUUAUGGAUAACUUUUGUAUUCGUUAACACAGAGGCAUUUGAUAUGAUUGAUACCACUGACUUGAGUGUAUAACACUGUGUAUUGUGGAUGAUAAAAAUGGGAUAGAAUGUUUAUGAUUGGUCAAGCUAAAUAUUGUAUUGCUGUAAUUGGUCAGUACAAGUCUGGCUUUCUGCACUGUGAUUGAGGAAUUGAGGAAUCAAUGCAAAUAUUGUCACUUUGAUGAUCUCUGAGGUCAUGGAAAAUAGAAAACCACAGACAUACUUAAAAGGACAUUAACAGCAUGAAUAUAUUGCGACUGGACUUUUGUGAAUGUGAACUGAACUUUGUGCAAAUUUCAUCUAAACUCACCUGUGACACGUUGACUAGCACAAUACCCAUAAUUCUGCUGUAAUAAUAAUCACACAAAUCAUAUAAUUGUAUUUUUCUAUUUGCAUUUGAUCCCUGGAAUAUUAUUGAACUGUGAUGUGUACAUCGAUUAUUGAUGAAUUAUUAAUAAAAAAAAAUAACUCCA